AUGGCCGCUCCCGCUGCUGCUGCUGCCCCCGCGGCUGAUUCUGCGCCUUCUACUCGCCCGACUCGACCCGACGAGAAUGUCUUUAAGCAGGAGCUCGCCAAGGCCGAGAAGGAGCACAAGGCUUCCAUGGACAAGUUUAACGCCAUCAAGGCCAAGAUUGACGUUGCUCUGCCCAACAAGAACAAGGACCAGCCCAGCCCUACCCAGAAGCGUCGCCAGGAGCUCAUUGCCCAGGCCAACGAGAUCCGCCAGAAGCAGGCCGGUGGCAAGAAUGCCCGUACCUCCAAGCUGGACCAGAUCAAGCGCUUUGACGAGCAGCUCCGCAGCCGUAUCAACGAGCAGAAGACUGCCAAGGCCAAGGUCCCCUACAAGAGCGCCGAGGAUAUCGACCGCCAGAUUGAGUCUCUCGACAAGCAGGUCAACUCGGGAACCAUGAAGCUCGUCGACGAGAAGAAGGCCCUGACCGACAUCUCCAACCUUCGCAAGCUCCGCAAGAACUUUGGCCAGUUCGACGAGGCCCAGAAGCAGAUUGACGAUCUGCGCGCCAAGAUCAAGGAGAUCAAGGACUCCAUGGAGGACCCCGAGCAAAAGGCCCUGUCCGAGCAGUACAACAAGAUCCAGGCCGAGAUCGACACCAUCAAGGCCGAGCAGGAUGAGGCCUACAAGAGCCUGUCCACCCUCCGUGACGAGCGCACCAAGCUGCAGGCCGAGCAGCAGGAGAAGUUUGCCGCCAUCCGCAAGCUCAAGGACGACUACUAUGGCGCAAAGAAGGCUUACCAGGCCUUCGAGCGUGAGGCCCGCGAGAAGCAGCGCGAGCGCCAGCGCCUGGAGCGUGAGAAGUACGUCCAGGAGCGCAAGAAGGCCGAUGCCGAGCGUGUCCUUGCCGAGGCCAGCGAGCCCGCCUACCUCGACGAGAUCCGCCGCGCCAACAGCCUGCUGGUCUUCCUCGACCCUACUUUCAAGGCUGAGAAGACCCCUCUGCUGGCCAACUCUGGCCUGACUGCUCAGGCUCAGCGCACCGUUGACGAGGCUGGCCUCAAGGGUACCAAGCUUGUCCGCAAGGAGGACCGCGAUGACGAGUACGCCCCCGCCCAGUCCAAGGGCAAGAAGGGCAAGAAGGGCAACAACGCCGGUUCCGCCCAGAAGGGUUUCAACUGCCCUCCCUCCGUGGUCGAGGACUGCACGUUCCUCUCGCUUGAACCCCCCAUGCGCAAGGAGGACGUGCCUGAGCUGAUUGAGAAGGUCAAGGCCAAGCUUGAGCACUGGAAGGAGGACCAGGCUGCCCAGACCCAGCGUAACAUUGAGAAGGCCAAGAAGAAGCUCGAGGAGAUUGAAAAGGCCGAGGCCAACGGUGAAAAGGUCGAGGAGGUCGCCGCCGACCUCAAGGACGCCUCCCUCGAGGACAAGGAGAAGCAGGAGGAGUCAUAA